CCUGACGCCGAGAUGGGAGUCGGCACCUCCACGGCGGGGGAGCGCCACAGCCCCCCCGAGAGCCCGAGCGGACACCGGCCCGGGGGCCGGGACAGCCCGCACCGGGAGGCGGCUGAAGCCAAGCCCAUGCAGAAGAAUGGUCAGAUCUCCAGUAUCCAUGGCAAACCAGAGGAGCAAGCAGAUAUCAAUGGAACAUCAGAACAGUUGAAUACGCAUCAGGAGGAAAUAUCUCCCAUAGAAGUUGAGCAAGACAAGGCAGUAUCCCAGAAAGUACAGGACAAAAUGGAAAUUGACCAAGAGGUGGCUGUCCAAACGAAUGGGGAAGAGGAACAGAAGAAUGCCCAAGAAGGCAAGGCUCAAACAGGCACAGAUACUGGAGAGCAGCAGGAAGUAUCUGAGGGAGCGCAGGCCGGGGAAAUUGGUUUUAAAAAGGUCUUCAAAUUUGUGGGCUUUAAGUUCACAGUAAAGAAAGAGAAAUCUGUGAAGUCUGAACCAGUUCAACUGCUGACAGUGAAGAAGGAUGAGGAGGUCACUGCUGCCGAAGGGGGUGAUGAAUCCAAGUCAAAAGGGGAAGUAACGGUAGACCAUGAAGUGGCUUCAGCUCCUGAAGAAUCUUCUUCUGAGACGAGCCCUCCUGAAGCUCCUUCCCUGGAAAAAGUAGAUCAAGUUAUUGAGCAGGCAGCUACAGAAGCAGAGCCUGGGCAGACAGCCACUGAGCCUGUGGAGACGGUGCCCGCAAUCACAGAAGCGGUAGAGCCUGCCACAGAAGCGGUAGAGCCUGCCACAGAAGCGGUAGAGCCUGCCACAGAAGCGGUAGAGCCUGCCACAGAAGCGGUAGAGCCUGCCACAGAAGCGGUAGAGCCUGCCACAGAAGCGGUAGAGCCUGCCGCCACAGAAGCAGAGACUCUGCAGACAACCACGGAAGCAACGGCGGCUGAAGAACCUCUGAAACCCGCCGAGUCUCCAGUUAGCCCAGUGGAAAGCAAUGCAGCAGCUUCUCCUUUCAAAAGGUUUUUUAAGCAAGGAUUCUUUUCCGGAUUACGGAAGAAGCCAAGCUUUAAGAAAACUCCAGAGGAGAUGUUAGUUACUGAAAAGACUGAGAUGAUUGCAGUGAAGGGAAGUGAAGGGCAGGAAGAUAAACUAAAUGGCAGUGGCAAGGAGGGGAAUGAGGAAAUUGAUCAAGAAGCUAAACCCCAACCCUCAACUCCAGAACAAGUACAAGACAUGGCAGGUCUCCAGACUGAAAUCACUGCAGAAGAAAAGUCAGAGAAAGUGGCUGAUAUUGGAGACUUUGUACCAGCUCUGAAUGAUGAUGAUACUAUGAUUAAAGGCAUAACUACAGAUGUUUCAGCUGAACCAGGAAAGGUCUGCACUCCUGUGCAAUCUGAGGUCAAUCAGAUCAAACCAGCAUCUGCCCCAGUUCAGCAAGCUGAGGCCCUACCACAGUUGGACACCACAGUUAUUGAGGCUCCAGCGGAAUCCCAACCUGAAAAGGCAGCAGUAAGCCAGGAAAAAUUCACCACUGAAGACAUAGUCAAUGAGGCUGAGCUGCUUUCUUCACAAGAAAAAGCUAAGUUGCAAGGAAGCCCCCUGAAGAAGCUCUUCACAAAUAGUGGGAUAAAGAAGCUGUCUUCAAAGAAGUCAAAAGGAAGGAAAGAAGAAACAAAAGUAGAGGAACCAGACGAUGCCAAAAUGCAGAUGCAUUCCUCGACCGAGUCUGAAGAAAGUCCUGAUGGCCCCAAAUCAGAAAGUCCGGUAACUUCUCCAGAAGAGAUGCCCAAACCAGGCAUUAGUGAGGUAAUGCCACUAGAUACGACCCAUGUUAAUGGACACGGAGAAAAUGGUAGUGCUGACUCUGAGAGGAGGAAAGAAGGGGUUACGGCUUGGGCUUCGUUUAAGAGAUUAGUGACACCAAAAAGACAUCCAAAACGGCCAUCGGACAGUGACAAAGAAGAUGACCAAACGGAGAAAGCAAAGACCUCAACAAUAUCUUCCACUGAGAGUGCUGCCUCGGCCACCUCAGCUGUCUCCGUGGAGAAGCCACCUUCUCCCAUCGAGAAGCAGGAAGAAAGUGUGCCAAAUGCUGAAGAGCAAAAACUAGAGCGUAGCAAUGAAGAUCCUAGAAAGAAAGUGGAUGCCUCAGUCUCAUGGGAAGCUUUAAUCUGUGUAGGAUCUUCUAAAAAGAGAGCUAGAAAGCCAUCCGACCCCGAGUCCGUAAAGCCAAGUGAAGAGAUGGAGAAAUCAAUGGAGGAAAGUGAAGCAGUGCAAGAUCAUGUUGAUGAAGAAGUAAAAACCAGCAGCACUCAAGACACUAACCAAGAACCAGUUGGAACAUCUCCAGAACGUCUUGAGAGCCCUGUAGAAGAAGCAACUGAGGGGACGGUCUCAACGUGGGAAUCUUUCAAAAGGUUAGUGACACCGAGGCGCAAGUCAAAAUCUAAACUGGAGGAACGGAUUGAAGAGCCUACAGUGAAUGUUGACGCUGUUCCUCCAGAGAGUGAACCUGUGAAAGAGGAAUCCUGGGCUACUUUCAAAAAGUUGAUUCCUGGCCGAAGGAAAAGAAAGUCUGAUGCUAAACCGGAGCAUGUUCAGGCUGAGAAAUUGACCGAAGUUGGAGAAAACAAAAGUGAUGAGGAGUCUGAGACGCCAGCGGUGGUUCCACUAUCUGAAUACAUUAUUAUUGAACAAGAAGCAAAACCUGUUGAGUUGGAGAAGGUGUUGGAUGAGGAGAAGCAACCGGAAGGAGCAGAAACCAGUCAGAUGACUCUGACUGGCGAAAUACCAGAUGAACGUUCUUCUGUCGUUCCUCUUAGUAAAGAUGUAGAACCUGGUGCUGAAACUAUUCCUACGGUAGAACGUACACCUUUAGAAACUGCCAAAAUCUGUGUUGAUGAGAGAUCUCCAUCAUGGAUAUCAGCAAAAGUUUGUGAAAAAGAUAUCAAAAAUGAGACUGAAGAAGUAGCUGAGCAGAGAAGAGCAGAAACUGAACCUACAAUCCAACAAGUGGUGGUAAGUGCCAUGAAGAGUUCAACAGAAAUUGUGCAUGAGGUCAGUCAGGAUGACGCUGUUCCUCCAGAAGCUGAACCUGUGAAAGAGGUCCAAGAGGUCUUCUCUGAAGUGGUAACUGCUCCAGAGUACCCAGUAGAAGAAUCCUUUACAGAAGAGACUGAAAUGGUUUCAGCAGUGUCACAACUGACUGAAACCUCAGCAACAACUGCUGAGGGUACACCACUACAGGAGGACGUGCAGUCAACCAAGCAAACUGAAGAUGUGCUUCAGGAAGUUGCUGAAAAGGUAAAGUUGUCAGAAGAUGGAAUUGGACCCCUGACUAAAAUGGUGAUUGCAAACGGGGCUUCAUUGGAAGAAUCUAAACGGGAGAUUGGAGGUUUUGUGGAAAAAGAUCAACUUGAGAUGGUCAAAGAAUCCUAUGAUAUGUCUGAGUGCAUAAAGGAAGAAGCUGAAAAAACACCUGCUGUAGCUGAGGAGUCUGAGCCAACUGACUUAUCAGAAGAAAGUGAAGAUUUGCAAGACCAUGGAAUUACUGGCAAGACUGCAGUAAAAACCAGUGAAGUGCAAGAAGUUGUAGCAACCAGUAUCCUACAGGAGGCAGAAACUGUUCCUCACAAAGAGGUUGAUGCUCUUCAAGGAGACGUUCCAGCUGAAGUUAUACAGAAGAAAGGAGCUGAAAUGGUGCUUGUAGAGAAACCCAUUGCUUCACCAAAAGUAGCUGAGGAAGCGAUGGAAAUAAUGCAGAUGGGAAAGGCAACAAUUGAAGUACAAGAGAUUAGCACAGCUCGAGUUGCUCAGAAAUUGGACACUGGAGUGUCUGAAGCUCCAGUUGGUGAUCUAGCAAAGGUAGGAGAAGAAAUUGUCUGUGAAGAGAUCCUCAGAUCCACUUCAACAAAUGUUGAUGUGGAAAUGAAAAAGGCUGAAACUUUAUCCGAAGAGACUCUUGAAGCCACGAUGGUUGAAAAGGUGGAAGUAGAAAAUGUGGAGGCUGUAUGUGAAACAACUGAAAUUGUAGCUUCAGAAGUGGUGAGGCAAAUGGGAGCAGAAGAGAAUGGUGCUGUAGACGAGCAGUCCUUUGAAGCCACUCCAGCAAAAAUAAUUGAGAAGGUGACAGCUGCAGACAUUAAGGCAGUAACUGAAGAAAUUAAACCCAUUUCUUCCCUAAAAGUAGGAGGUGAAAAAACUGAAGCAGCUCUUUCUUUAGAGGGGGUUGAAUGUGUAGAUAAAGAGCUUGCAGCUGACCAGGUGGCAGAGAGCAUAGUGGAGCAGGCUGUAAAAUUGUCUGCAGACACCAAACUAGUUGAUAAAGUAAUAGAACACAAUGCUGCUCCUGCUGCAAUUGAGAAGACUGAAGAACCGCAUGUAGUUGAGAAGGUAGUACUGAGUGAGGUUCCAGAGGUUGAGAAGUUAGAAAAGACCAAGGAUGUUGAGCAUAGACUUGAACAGACAAAAAGCAUUGAUAAGGUGAAACAGAUAGAGGAACCUGAGAAGAUGGUUGUACAGAUGCAGGUGGGUGAGAAAGUAGAACAGUUUGAGGCACCUGACAAAGCUAAAUCAGUGCAAAUGGUUGAGAUCGAACAGUUCGAGACAACUGAGAAGGAAGUUGAACAGAUAAAGAUAGAAGUGACAAAGGCACUAGAGGUAACUGAGAAGGUGGAAGUGAUCGACGCACUGGAGGUAACUGAGAACUUGGAACAGAUUAAGGCAUCUGAGGAAGAAGUAGAACUGGUGAAGGCACCAGAGAUAAUUGAGAAGGCAGAACCUAUUGAGGCACCAGAGGUAACUGAGAAAGUAGACCAGAUGGAGGCAUCAAAGGUAACUGAGAAGGUCGAGCCAAUUGAGGCACCAGAAGUAACUGAGAAAGUAGACCAGAUGGAGGCAUCAAAGGUAACUGAGAAGGUCGAACCAAUUGAGACACCAGAGGUAACUGAGAAAGUAGACCAGAUGGAGGCAUCAAAGGUAACUGAGAAAGUAGACCAGAUGGAGGCAUCAAAGGUAACUGAGAAGGUCGAACCAAUUGAGGCACCAGAGGUAACUGAGAAAGUAGACCAGAUGGAGGCAUCAAAGAUAACUGAGAAGGUCGAGCCAAUUGAGGCACCAGAGGUAACUGAGAAAGUAGACCAGAUGGAGGCAUCAAAGGUAACUGAGAAGGUCGAGCCAAUUGAGGCACCAGAGGUAACUGAGAAAGUAGACCAGAUGGAGGCAUCAAAGGUAACUGAGAAGGUCGAGCCAAUUGAGGCACCAGAGGUAACUGAGAAAGAAGACCAGAUGGAGGCAUCAAAGGUAACUGAGAAGGUAGAACAGACCGAGGCAACUGAGAAGGAAGCUGUACAGAUAAGCAUAGAACUGAUAGAGGCACCAGAGGUAACUGAGAAGGUAGAAAUGAUUGAGGCAUCAAAGGUAGCUGAGAAGGUUGAACAGACCGAGGCAACUGAGAAGGAAGCUGUACAGAUAAACCGAGAACUGACAGAGGCACCAGAGGUAACUGGGAAGGUAGAAAUGAUUGAGGCAUCAAAGGUAACUGAGAAGGUAGAUCAGAUGGAGAUAUCAAAGGUAACUGAGAAAAUGAUUGAGGCACCAGAGGUAACUGAGAAGAUAGAAUUGACCAAGGCAACUGAGAAGGAAAUAAAGGUAGAAGUGACUGAGGCAUCAGAGGUAACUGAGAAGGUGGAACAGUUUGAGGCACCUGAGGUACCUUCACCAGAGGUAACUGAGAAGGUAGAACAGAUCGAUGCAACUGAGAAGGAAGCUGUACAGAUAAAUGUAGAGCUGAAAGAGGUACCAGUGGUACCUGAGAAGGUAGAGCAAACCAAAAAGGAAGCUGAACAGAUAAAGGUGGAACUGGUGAAGGCACCAGAAGUAACUGAGAAGGUAGAAAAGACUGAGGUACUAGAGGUAACUGAACAGAUGGUUGAGAAGGUAGAACAAACUGAUAUCAUUGAAGUGGCUGAUAAGUUGGAAGGAGGGACUGUAGCUCUGAGUGGAGAGGUCAUUGAAGUCACUUCUCUAGAGGCAGAACAGGUAGAAGGAAAGAAUGGGGUUUCAUGUGAAGAGAAAGUUGAAACUACUCGAGCAAAUUUGGUUGAGCAAGUGGCUGCAGAAACCAAUGGGGUUGCAUGUGACAGGACCAUUGAAACUACUUCAGCAGAGGUGGCCGAGCAGGUGGAUGUACACUUACAGUCUGAGCCUGUACAUGAAGUAGCCAAGCCUGAACCAGGUAAAGGAACUGAGAUGAUACAAGAAAAGCUUGAAGCAGUUGCCUUACAGAGGGUAGAAUCUGAAAUGGUUGAAGCCACCCGAACUGAUCUUGUACAAGAAGUUGCUGAGAAGAUCCAAACCGAAAUGACUGAGGCAGUAAGUGAGGAGAUGAUUGAAGUGUUGCAAGAAUCACUUGGAAGCACUGAUAGGGAAAAGCAGAGCAUCGAGGCACAGGUUGUAACUCCCACUAUUCCAACAGUUGAAACUAGGCAAGAGGAACCAAUUGCAGAAUUGGAAUGCAGAGAGUUGGUCAGAACCAUCCCAGCUGAGGAUGUAGAGGAGGUAGGAACAGAAAUGGCUGAGGCAGCAUGUGAAGAUAGAAACAAACUUGAUGCGCAACCUGAGCAAAUUGAGGAAACUCAGUUGGAGGAAGAAGUGGGCUUGAAUAUGGUUACACCAGCGGAAUCUGCUGUGACGAUGGUACAAAAUCAGGAAGCUGAGGUUGCAAUUGAAGGGAAGAUUGACUCUGCAGUGGCAGUGCUGGGUGAAGUUGAGCUUAGAGCCUCGUGGGAAGAACUGGCUGUGGAAACUGAAAUGGUUAAGCCAAUAGACCAACUUGAAGCAAAACCAGAAAUGGAAGAAGACAAAAUUGCCCAUCAAUCUGAGAGUCCUGAGCAAGGAGCAGUAGUGGAGGAAGUGAUAUAUGAACUGAUUGAUGCAGCACAAACCAAACCCGAUGAGGCUGAAUUAGUUAAAGAGGCUGUACACAAAGAUGAAGUUCAACCUGAGUGUAUCAAAGCGGAGACCCCUGAUGGUGGCAGAAAGAAGAUGCUGUGAAAGUACCUGAAAUCACUGCUGCAGCAGGAUUUGAAUUGUUGUCCGCUGAAGCUCAAGUAG